AUGAAGAUCAAGUGCACUUACGCCAAUUGCUUCAAGCAUUUCGACACCAAGAAGGCAAUGAUUGCUCACAAGAAGAGAGAUCCUGACCAUAGCUACUGUGAACGGUGUGACGUCGAUUGCGACGAUGACAUGCUCUACUUCAUUCAUCAAUUGGGAAGUCAGGCACACAAUUGCUGCCCGGUGUGCGGCACAGAAUUUCACAGUGUUGCAGCUAGGGACAUCCAUGUUGAGCAGAUGCAUCGACAAAGCCAGAAACUUGAAUGUGUAGGUUGCAAUUCUCGAUUCACAUCCGCAGCAUCAUUGAUGUUUCAUAUCGAACAAGAUGAAUGCCGAGUCAUCCGACAAUCAGACUUCAAAAUUCAGAGAGCAGAAAGACAACUCGAGAAGGAGGUUUGGGAGUCUGCCAAUGAUCCUUCCGCCUUUGGAUUGCCUCUAAUAGCAACUCGCCACCAAUCUCAAAGUCAGGGGACCACCGCCGGGAAUCUACUCGACGACGAACCGACAUCCCGUCCGGUGAGAAGCCUACAAAAUGCCAUCGGCGGGCCCAUCUCAGCAUCAUCACUUCAACAGUUUCCACCGCUGAAUUCGACUGGUAUCACAACAGCUUCCGGCAGCCAUUCACAUACCGCUCCAGUUGGACCCCACGACCUUAUUGAUCUUGAUUCAGCAAUCGUCGAUAUGAAACAGCUGCGAAUCUCACAAGCUGCCCUACAAAGAAACAUUGGUGCACUUGAAGGCACAACAAAGGCAAGUUACAAGGUCGAAGCAUGGUUGAACUCGAAUGAUCCAUCCUCCAAGCCUCCUCAAGACGAUGAUAAAGAAAUCGCAUCACUCUAUGACAAGAAGAGCCCCGCAGUCGACGAAGUCACCAAGCCUGAACCCACGGUUACACUGUCUAGUAUAAACGAAAACCACAACCACAUCGUCACACUACCUGCGAGCUCAGUCCUUUCAGCUACCACUUCUAUGACUGAUGUUGAACGCUUCUGGGAUGCCGUUCAACAGCAGUACGAAUGCCCAGCAUAUAGAUGCAAGCGCAAAUUCAACCGAGCUCGAGAUUUUCGCGAACAUCUUUUGAGUCCUGUCCAUGCAGGAGGUGAGGUCAUCUGUCCAACAUGUUUAAAACGAUUCAGAACUACAGCGUCAUGGGUUGCACAUACCGAGUCUGCGAGCAAGAAAUGCGAUAUUCGAAACAGUGCCAAUUUCAAUACAGUGAUGAGGGAAAUCACAGGUGGUUUGCUCAGCACGUCAGGCAACAUGGACGAUGGAACCACGCCAAACUUCGUUGCCCCCAGGAACAACAUACACUGGUAA